AUGGCCAACGUCGGUGUAAACCCAAACGCUGAACCAAUUCGGAUUGUUAACCCAAAUCUGAUUAAUGCUUGCCUCAAUCUUGCCGCCCCUGGCGUCGACGCUAUUGCAGAAGCAAAAUCCAAAUACAACGUCCUAGAGAAGCAGCUCAAAGAGCUCGAAAAGUUUGUCUAUAGGCCUGACAGCAUUAGAGGAGCCCUCAAAAGCCUCGUCAAAGAUAACAUCAUCUUGGACAACAGUAAAUGGGAAAAGAUUGUAUCGAGAAAGGAAGUCCUCAAUAAGGAAAUGGAGUAUAUGGAAGCGGUAUUGCGGGCAAUUCAGCACCGAAUGGACUAUUUGCUGGUCAACCUACCAGCGGCAUAG